AUGCGCCAACAGUUUACGUCUUCUAAUCCUGGUGGCGCCUUCAAACCACUCCGUUGCGCCGUCGUGCGUGAGCUGCUGUCUCCCGCGACUGGAUCGCGCCGUCGCCCUGCUCGCAUCGCCUCUCCGUCCCCUGGUCGCGGCGCCGGCAUCCAGGCCUUCAUCUCCGACGAGCGCCUGCCUGCCUUCGGCCGGUCGUCGUCCUCCCCUGAGAUCCGCCCCCACGUACCCCGCCCGAGUUCGCCGCGGACCUGCCGCUCCGCGCCCGAACUCGCCGAUCCCGGCUAUCGUUCCCAUGGGAGGAGUCUGAUGGAAAACAGUACAUCUGAUCAAUUUGUUAACGGCAGUUGUCACCGGAGCCGUCAGAAUGACAACAAUGGCACUGAUUGUUCGGGAGAAUCACAUGGCGAUCCGAUGCGGAAGCUACACCAGCUUGUCAAAGAACACGGCGCACUCUGUCGAGCAUUUCUCCACGAAGCAUCAUCCUCUGCAACUGCAAUGCAUCAUCAGCAGCAGUCCGAACACCUCGUGCGCAAGCUCGGAUCGAUCUGGUACCAUCCGGAGUGGGCAGCUCGCGUGCAAGAUCUCCAGUGUUUAUUCUCCUACUCCGAGUUCAGGCAUGAUGUGCUGGAAAUUGUUGAGUUCUUCGAGAAGGAGCUCGGAAAGUGCAGGGAUGAGCUCCAAACAGGUCAAGCAAUAAGCUAUUCAGCCUUAACCAACCUCCUGCCGCUGAUCGUUCCUUUGGUCUUGAAGCUGCUUCGAGCUGUACAUGCCCUAUGGAUAUCGUACGCGGAGGAUGCAAUGGCAAAUUUGCCAGAAGAACUCGUAGAAACUGCCAGAAUCAUGCAGAACCCUGCUCAGAUCUCUCGUCUCCUCAUAGAAAUCGGGGAACUGUAG